AUGGAAACUAAAUGUCAGGCGAGCAACGGGUCACUACCAAUCAAUGCCCACGUGGUGGGCUGUUUAGAAUUGCCAUGCUCUCUACCACAAAACCAAGAUGUUGAAAUCCGAGUGGUAUUUAAAGCUCCUUAUAUGCUCCACGAUAUGAAGACGAGAGCGGUAGCUUUGAUGGCGAUACCCAUCAAUUAUCCUUUAGGUCCAAAUGAAGUCACAUGUAAUUUCCUAAACAAUUCCUAUUGUCCGAUUUUGGAAGGAGAAAUUGUUGAAUAUUCUCUGAAAAUGUUCAUAGAACCUUGGUUCCCGACGAUUCCAGUGACAAUUGAAUUCAGAGUGGAGGAUAAAAAUGCUGUAUCUGUGUGGUGCAUCAGAUUACCAAUAGUAGUUGUAAGACCACAAUAA